AUGUCAACCCCACCACCAUCACACAAGCGACAGAAGUCCAAUGCCUCGCCCACAAAGGACAUAGCUGAAGUCGCCGCGGCACCCACAAUCCUCAACACAGCACCACCACCGAGAACGCAAGUAUCGCUGAUUCCGCCUCCAAGAACGCCACCACCCAACCCACGCAAGCGUCGCGCGUCAACCAGUCCGAAACUCGAUACACUUCCGCCCGGCACCACCCUUCCACGUCCAGAGCCUAGCUCCAGCGUCUCCAUUCCUUCGUUGUUGAGUGAGGACAGUGGCAAGAAGCGAACAGGCAGAACAAAUACUCCGUGGACGGCGACCGAAGAGCAAAGACUCAAGCAGAUGCGAGAUGUCGGCAACAGUUGGAGUGAGAUUGCCAAGGCAUUUCCCACCAGAACUGAAGGGAGUGUGAAGAAGCAUUGGUACAAGGACAUGCACUACGCAGAGUUUGCAGAGGACGAGUCUGUUGCUCUCCGCGAAGCCAUACGAGAAUACGAAGCAAACAAAUGGAAAGCGAUUGGCGCCAAGCUUGGAAAACCAGCAAAGGCUUGCGAACAAUACGCCAAGGAGCAUUUCAAGAACAUCUGA